GCAAAUCACUCUCUUUGCCCUGUUGCAUUUGCAAAGUAGCAGUGACAGUUGGAGGAGUACGGAGGCAUGCAGGCCAAAAUGCAGGUGCUUGUCAGACAUAACGGGAGGAUUUUCAUGGCGCUUUGUGUAAUCCUCUUUAUGGGAUGCACAGUACAAGGGGCUCCUGUUCAGUCCGGCCACUAUGCGUGGGUCAGGUGCAGACCUGGUGCCGGUUCUGCAAAUUGCAUUGAAGAGCGAGGGCUACGCUUUGUGAUUCCUGAUGGAAGUGCUAAUAUGAUCCUCCCUCCCAUGGCUGAUCCAAUGCUAAUGAAGAAAUUUCAAGACCACCCUGAACACUUUCUAGUUUCUGGAGAUGAGUAUGGAUCAGGAAAUGAAAUUGAACAAGAAUAUGGGUCAGGCAUCGAAUUUGACACAGAUGAUGCCACUAUUUCUGACCAGAUUACACCUGAUCCAAAUCUGAAGUUUAAACUAAAAGAUGAAGCUUUGUUUUUCCAAGAUAACAGACUGUAAUUUCUGUUAUGGCAAUUGCAAUCUAAUUUCUUGCAUGCUUUUGUGUUUUAUGAUUAAGUGAAAUGACACCCAGUCAAAAGUGUUAUAAAAACUAUCAAACAAACUAUAAAUGCCUUAAUUUUUUAGUGCUUCUCUUUGGCAUAAAAUGUGCUGAAAGUGAGCUUUCUCUUUUUUUUCAAGAUGUAAACUUGCCUUCCAAAAUUUGGAAUUUAUUUUUAGUUGUCAGAAAAUAGAAUCUGAACAUAUCAGUCAUUUGUUCAAAUAGCACUUAAGUUAAGGGGAAAUACCAUUUUUAAAAAGCAGCAACUUUGGUCACAUCCACAACAUAUGUUUAAAGCACAUGACUAUUCCCCAAAGAAUAUUGGGACCUGUAGUUUUGUGAAGAGUGUUGAGAAUUGCUGCUCUGUGAGGGGUAAACUACAGUUACCAGGAUUCUUUGGGAAGCCUUGUGCUCUAAAUGUCUGGUAUGAAUGUGAAAUGGAAUUAGGUAAUGUGAGGAAUGUGAGGCAAAUUUCUUCCAAUGCCUCACUUCCUUUUACUUGGCUUUUGACUUAGGGGUGGCCCACUCUUUAUAGCAACCCAAGGCAAGCCAGCAAGUGUGUGCCCCAUAGUCCUUGUGUGAUUCUCGACUAUCUGGAGACAUUCUACAUUUAGCCAUGGCGUUGGCCAUGUAAGAAGCAGUGAAAGAACCCAGACAUUUCCACUGCUUCGGGUUUGGUGCAAAUCCUUUGAAUUAUACCAUGCUACGGAGUUUCCUAGUCUGUAUAACACUUUUCAAAAGUUUCAUUAGUUUGCUGUUCUUUUAAAAAACUGGCAUUCUGGAUAGUGAUGGAGAAAUCUGUCAGUUUCUCAUUCUUCCCAUCUUAAAUUUAGAUCACCAAAAUUCUGCAUCAGUUUGCAUUAAAAAAGGAAAAAAACACCUUUACAAAAAAUUGUAUGCAUUUGUCCUAAUGUGGUGUAAACGCUUCUCCUAACAUACACAUUUUUUGCAAGCAAUUUCACCUAAUAUAAUGCAUUUUGUAUGCUAUUUUCACUAAUAAAAUGUAUAUAUUUUGGGGUACACCUUCCCUGGAUAUACACAUUUUAAACAUAUUUUCGAGUUGGAGAACUGUAUUGAAACAUUUGGAGAAAUAGAUAGGAAGUGAAGGAUAGCUGUGUCUUUGCGUAUUGUUUCAGGAAAUACAAAUUAGGUUGGUUCACAUUCAAAUGCAAACCAAACCAGAUUUCUUCCCCAUCCCUAAUGCCAGACCACAAAAUAGUUAUACUUACGUUCUAUCCCUUCUGGAAUUUGUUAUUUGCAAUAUGAGAAACUAUACUGCUUUAAUCACCCAAGUGUUCUUGUCCUGCUUCAGUUAUAUCAUCAUAAUGUGGCCUUGUGUUUGCAAAUCUGCACAUCCUGAAUCUUUUAUUCAUCUUAAAAGCAGCUACAGAACUUCUUUUAUAGUAUACUUUAAACUGCUUUCUAACUUUGCCCUGAUACCUGCAUUUAUUCAACCAUUAUUCUAUUAAAAUCUACAUGCAAUGAAAGACUCUUUUAUUUC